ACAGUAAGUUAUAUACCUGACUGCGAGUGACAACCGGAUACAGCACCGAAACCAUCGAAACCCCGCUCUCUCUCUGGUCUAUACUAUGAAACUUCCGCUGUCUCCAUUAGCUAUGUAAGUAUAUUAUUAGCCCCUGAAAGUACCAAACAUUUCUAAUGGCGUCUCUUCUUGAAAUCUAUAGAUGCAAUCUCACUUCCCUCUCUCUAAAUUCUUUAUGCUCUUGCCGGUCUCGUUGUCCUUUUCCAUCUUCUUCCUCAUCCAAAACCCUAAUUCUCACUCCCCCUCCUUAUUCGAAUUUGAAUCUCCGAGUGUUCUUUGAUGAAUCAUCGAGACGCAUUGUCCGACUUAAAAGGGGCAUUUCGCUUAAUCAUCAUCGGAUAAUCAAGGCUGUGGCCAGAGCCGAACCGGACCGUAUCGACGAAGGCGAAACCAAAGAGGAAGUUGAUGGACCAUUGAUGAAGGAUUCAGCUUCUGAGAGCCAACAAAAAGCAAGUCAAUUGAGGAAAAGAGUUGUUUUUGGACUAGGCAUCGGAAUAUCUGUUGGAGGUGUAGUAUUGGCUGGAGGAUGGGUUUUCACGGUGGUUAUUGCUGCUGCUGUUUUUGUUGGUGCGCGGGAGUACUUUGAGUUGGUUAGAAGUCGUGGAAUCGCUACAGGAAUGACUCCUCCUCCUCGAUAUGUAUCACGAGUUUGUUCUGUUAUCUGUGCUCUCAUGCCUAUACUCACACUGUACUUUGGUAACAUUGAUGUCUCGGUAACAUCUGCCGCUUUCGUAGUUGCUAUGGCAUUGCUUUUACAGAGGGAAAAUCCUCGUUUUGCUCAGCUCAGUAGUGCCAUGUUUGGGUUAUUCUAUUGUGGUUACCUUCCUUGUUUCUGGGUUAAGCUUCGAUGUGGUUUGGCAGCCCCUGCCUUAAAUACCACUUUGGCAGGAGUGGGAGCAGCAUGGCCUAUACUUCUUGGUGGCCAAACUCAGUGGACAGUCGGUCUUGUGGCAACCUUGAUUUCAAUCAGCAGUAUAAUUGCGGCAGAUACAUGUGCUUUUAUUGGUGGCAAGGCUUUCGGCCGAACACCACUUACUAAUAUUAGUCCAAAGAAGACAUGGGAGGGAACUGUUGCAGGCUUAGGUGGUUGUAUAGCCACUUCUGCUCUAUUAUCAAAGAUCCUUUGUUGGCCAACGUCUUUCCUGAGUGCAAUAGCUUUGGGGGUUUUGAAUUUCUUUGGAUCUCUUUUUGGUGACCUUACUGAGUCGAUGAUCAAGCGUGAUGCGGGUGUCAAGGAUUCGGGGUCUCUGAUUCCUGGACAUGGUGGAAUACUGGACAGAGUGGACAGCUACAUAUUUACUGGAGCGCUUGUGUACUCCUUUGUGAAAACCUUACUCCCACUUUAUGGAGUUUGAUAUCAAGAAAUCGAGGUCGGUGCCAUGAAUAAGCUGGAUUUUUUCUGGUGAAUUGUCCAAAUUUGAACCAACGCUUUCUCAAAUUUGGACAGUGCAGAAUGGAAAAGAACUGGAGGAACUGAGAGUGCAAGGGCAAUUCCACGUGGCUCUAGCAAUACACACCAUGUUUAAAUCCCCUUCGGAAUCAUAUGAUCUUACAAUUGGAAAAUAUUUAAUAGUUUGGAUGCCAUAAAAAAUAUCCGGGGGCUAGAAUAUUUGUGGAAUUCCUAUAAAGAUGAUAGGAGCCAUGAGCCAUGAGAUCUUGAGUGAAGCCCUCAUUAUAGUGUACAAACCUAAAUUAGUGGCCUAAACCUCAUGUUAUUCUUAUAGCCAUGAUAGGAAUUCCUAAAUUAGUGGCCUAAACCUCAUGUCAUUCUGUAGCUUAUUGUUAAGUUAAAGAGUUUCAUCUUGAUUAUGGGGCAUAUCUUUGUCAUUAGUCAAUUGAUUCAGCAGCUAAUUUAGGCCAUUUAAUUCUUCAUUAUGACUAGUAUGUGCUCUCUCCUUUUUAUUAUUAUUAUUAUUAUUAUUAUUUUGUAAGCAUCAGAAAGACAACUAUUGUGUUGUAAGAGCACUGCUUCAGCUAUCGAUUUCAAAUUUUUUUUUUUGGCAAA